AUGGCCUCUUCUACGCUCCUUCCACCCGUGCUCGGGCUUGCCUUCGGGAUUACCCUCCGCUAUCUUUGGUUUUCGAUGCUCGACGCGAACUAUGCAGAUAGAGGACAACUAUUUCCACACCACCUCAUCGCUUGUUGAAGGGCAUUUUUCACAGCAAGGAAGACAAAGUUGAGAGUGCAGGUGUUGCAUGACAAACUCAGGCCAGGACUGUAUUUCCGUUUGGGAUCUAAGUGCUUCAAUAUUGCGAAAAAUACACUUGUGAGUUAGGAAAAGAAAAGUUGUCAUGCUAGUACUGCCAAACGGCAGUGACAGGAUUUGGAAUUUUGCAUGGCAAAUGAGGAGGGGGGGACGAGUGAUUUUACCAUUUUCAUACGAGCCACUCCAUUCUUGAGGACGAACCCGAGCUGAAUAGCCUAUCUAAGCGGAAAAUUCAAAUUGUGUUUUUAGUGGUCGCACUUUGAUGUAUUGAUGCAGGACAUGCAAAUGCAUUUGAUGGGUUGCGUUGGUUUGUCCUUCAAAGGAAGCGUUGGACGACGAGGGAGUGUUGGGUCGUCCUUCGCCUUUCAAGCGGCGCGUUUGGAGCAGUUGGACGUAGUCUCUGCACAUGACAAACUUUUGCUGUCAUAGCAGACAGAUUUGUGAUGCUGUUUAAUAUAUGUCCCUGAACAACAAUUACUUAAAGCUACACUGAAACUACACUUUGACUUUUUUCUUACAUACCCCCCAAUUACGAGUUACCAGCGGUUCCGCGAGACUGCUUUUUUGUACGAGCACGUGCACAAGUUCGACUUGGAAAAGCUUUACCAGCCGUACCAAAAUCUGAACUACCUGCCACCCCUCUUGUUCCUCUUUUUGUACCACGGGACUGCGACCGUCUUUCCGCACGACUUGUCCUCCUCCAAGUUGCUGUACUGGUGGUUCCUGUGCGGCGUCGACGUGUGCGUGUUUCUGUUGCUAUUUUUGCUCGCGAAAUGGAAAAUCAC